CUUACUCCAUGGCUGCCGAAAAGAGAGGCGGCGGCGGCGGCCUCGGCUGAAGGGAGAAGGCGGGAGCGGUGAGCGCAGGCUCGGUUGCAGACGCCGAAGGAUUGGCUUGGGAGCUCCGGAGUAGCUGCUGUCGCCAGAGUCUGGAGCCAUGAGCGGGUUUAAUUUUGGAGGCACUGGGGCCUCUACAGGCGGGUUCACAUUUGGCACCGCAAAGACAUCAACAACCACACCCUCCACAGGGUUUUCUUUCUCUGCUUCGGGCACCGGAUUGUUUAAUUUUGGGACUGCCUCCCAACCGGCUACAACCACCCCUACCACCAGCCUGUUCUCGCUCACGACCCAGGCUCCAGCCACACAGACUACGGGGUUCACUUUCGGAACAAAUCCUGCUUCUGGAGGAAGUGGCUUUUCUUUAGGGAUCAGUGCCCCAAAGCUAAACUUGACCAGCACAGCUGCCACCUCUGCCCCAGCAAACACAGGCGGCUUUGGGCUUGGCAGCAGCACGCUCACCAAUGCCAUAUCAAACACCAGCACCUCCAGCCAGGGGGCUGCCCCCUCUAGCUUUGUGUUUGGCUCCACUGCCACCACCACCACUACCACCACCACCUCCACAGCCCCAACCACCACAUCUGGAGGGUUCUUGUUCACCAGUGGAGGUGCAGCCCAGUCCGGGGCCUCUGCAUUCAACAUUGGCUCCUUGGGCAGUUUGGCCCAGCCCACUGCCCUUCCCGGGUUACCCUUCAGUGCUACCACCCCAGCAAGCACCGGGGCUGGGGCCAGCACCGCCCCUGCUCCCACCACCACCACCACCACCACCAGUGCGGGGCCCACCCUCUUUUCUUCCAUAGCUGCUGCCCCCACCUCGUCCACCACCCCGGGGCUCUCCCUUUCAGCCCCAGCAACCACAGCUGGGGCUCCCGGAGCUGGGACACUGGCCUUCAGCCUGAAGGCCCCCGGAGCAGCUUCUGGCACCUCCUCCAGUGCACCUACGGCCACCACCACCACUACCACCACCAGCAGCGGCGGCUUUGCCUUGAGUUUAAAACCACUUGUGCCAACCGGGAUCCCCAGCAACACAGCAGCUGCUGUGACCCUUCCACCUGGCACCAGCACCACGACCGGGGCUGCUGCCUCCCCUGUGAUGACCUAUGGGCAGCUGGAGAGCCUCAUCAACAAGUGGAGCCUGGAGCUGGAGGACCAGGAGCGCCACUUCCUGCAGCAGGCCACCCAGGUGAACGCCUGGGACCGCACGCUCAUCGAGAACGGGGAGAAGAUCACCACCCUGCACCGUGAGGUGGAGAAGGUGAAGCUGGACCAGAAGAGGCUGGACCAGGAGCUUGACUUCAUCCUGUCCCAGCAGAAGGAGUUGGAGGACCUGCUGAGCCCACUGGAAGAGUUGGUGAAGGAGCAGAGUGGCACCAUCUACCUGCAGCAUGCCGACGAGGAGCGUGAGAAGACAUACAAGCUGGCCGAGAACAUUGAUGCGCAGCUGAAGCGCAUGGCCCAGGACCUCAAGGACAUUAUCGAACAUCUGAACACAUCUGGCGGCCCCGCCGACACCAGCGACCCUCUGCAGCAGAUCUGCAAGAUCCUCAAUGCGCACAUGGACUCGCUGCAGUGGGUCGACCAGAACUCCGCCCUGCUGCAGCGCAAGGUGGAGGAGGUGGCCAGAGUCUGUGAGGGGCGCCGCAAGGAGCAGGAGCGCAGCCUCCGGAUCGCCUUCGACUGAGGCUGCGCGGCUGGGCCAUCCCGUCUUCUUGUUCUUCCUUUCAAGUGAUUGUGCUGUUGGGAGAAGUGUUGUGUGCUUUGAUUUCUAGCUAGCAAAUGGCAACUGUUUGGACCCCUCUGAUCCAGGCAGAAACCUUGAGAAUGUUUUUGUGUUUAUACUUGCGUCCCGGCCCCUUCUCCCCUCAUUCCUACCCCCACCCCAUUCCCUGGCCAAGGGACAGAGAAGUGCUGGCCCUGCAGCCACCCUUGUCCAAUGUAGUCAUGGGUGCAGGGCGAAAAAGACUGCGGCAAGGAGGCUGUCCUCACAGGAGAUGACAGCCUGGUCUUAGAGUACAAGAUGUCUGCUUGUGACAACUAACCAGAACCAGGGGCAGCUGUGAACUGGACAGCCAGCCAGCUAAUGGGAGAGGAGCAGCCAGCUAAGGGGACCUGCACAGGGGUAGGGGUAGGGAGGGUUGGGGUGCAGAGGCCUCCUCUGCCAUCUCAUUUAUCCUUGAGGAAGCCAGAGACUGCUCCACACCUGUGUGCUGUGCUUUCCCGGGUCCAGCCCAAUUCCUGUUUGGUGGAGAACAGUGGCAAUCAACCUGCCACAGCACCUGUCCAAAGAAACAUCUGCCACCGUGGCCUCCCUUGCCAGAGGCCCUCGCAGCCCUGGCCCCGAGCUUCCCAAUGCCAAAGCAGAGUAGCCACAAUAUCUACGAAGAAGCCAGCUGUGUCCAGGUAUCUGUUUUCGCUUUGUGCUUUGCUGUACUCCUGCAAUGCCUAUGGUUGUAUGUUGCUUUCUAAAUAAAGUUAGAAUUUUGAACUGAA